AUGCAUUUCAUCCGUCUACCAGGUCUUCAAAACACAUCACAUCGUCGGUUCAAGAAAAGAUGCGAUGCGAACGAUGCGAAAUACCUGCCUGAUUUUGAUACGAAAACCAUGACGCCUGCUUCCUCUGGGUUUUCCAACACCCGACGUCUUACAGACUCUUACGUCGUACUUCAUGGAAUCAUUAAUGAACGAGAUGAGUAA